GUUUACGUUCAACGAAAAGUGUCAACGUAAUAAAAAUGUACUUGUACCCGAAAUCUGCUGAUCACAGGAGUGCACUCACUGGUGUACAGAGUCAGUGAGCCGCCAGCGGUCGCUCGGAGCUGUGAAGUAACAAAUUAAUUGUUAUUUUACUAAAUAAUGUGUAGUCGUGAUUUGUGAGUGAAAAUUACAUUAGUUGUAGGAAAUUAUGACCAGUGAAAAUAUGAAGGAACGUUGGGACCAGUUGGGCCUUCCACCAAUGGAGUUGGCCGAGUCAUCGGGAAAUAGUCGCGAUAACAAUGGAGGGAACAGAUGUUUAUUCCCUUCAUUACAAAAACUGCUAUUAUUGUUACUGCUAACAUUUUUCGCAGUAGGCACUUACAUCUUACUCUUAAGAAUAUCUGAAAACACUGAUUCCACGAAAAUAAUAAUUGUCACUGGGAAUAAUGACCUUCCUAAUGUAACGCUUCGUAAUAUGGAAUUGUAUUCUAUUCAUAAACAAGAGAAAAAUGAAACUUCCGAACAAGAACUGACAUCAGAGCCUUCAAUUGUUUUAAGAAAGAAAAGAGAAAUCACCUCAGAAAAGCCUGCAGUUAACACGGAAGAACCUAUCAUUUACAGUGACGAACUGUUACAGAAAUCUAGGGACCUGAUGAUGGAAUACGAUGUUCAUUGCAGACAAGAAAAUAGAAAUUUGAUCUGUAAAGACUUGGUUACAAAAUUGAGAGCACUACAAAACGACGAUGAAACGAAUAGUAAAGAAGAUCAACCUAAAAUGAAUUUGGAUGUCAACAAUAACGUGCAAAGAGUCGCCGCUGAAGGUAAAGCAAAGCAAAGUAUUGAUUUUAAUGACCUUACAAAACGGGAUACGUUGAUGAAUAUCGAACAUUUUAUGGACUCUGUCCCUAUGCCGAUGAAUGCUAGAAAUGCUGAUCCACUGACAAGUGCCCAUAUGGUGCCACAUUCCCAUUCAGUACCUCCUCAGCAUCUUAGUGAUACUUGUUUAUUGGCGCGUCUAAUAAAACAGAAUUAUCCGCGAGCGAAAGAAAUUUAUGAGCCCUCUCCUGACUACAUACACACACAACAUCACGAGCAUUCAGUCAUGCCUAAAGCCAGGUUUUUCUCGCCCUCCGUGCACACGCCAUAUUUCCAAGAGCGGGAUAUGGACAUGCAGAGGCGUAAAAUCCAUCCUCAAGAUGUUGAUAUAUUCAUGAGCAUGCUGGCGCCAAAAGUACUAGCAACACCUAGGGAGAGUAAUCAAACAAAAGCAUCUCGGGAAGCGACGUGCCCACGAGGCACUGUGUCCUGUCUUAGUGGAGACACUUGUAUCGAUGAGAAGCAGUGGUGUGACGGCAACGUCGACUGUCUUGAUGUCAGUGAUGAAGCAAGCUGUGCUUGCAAGGACAGAGUCGACAAAUCUCGUCUCUGCGACGGAUACUUUGACUGUCCUUUUGGAGAAGACGAAAUGGGUUGCUAUGGUUGUAGUGAAACUAUGUUUAGCUGCGAAGACUUAGACAUCAGUGCUCAAAGCACUUGCUUCUCAAAAGAGCAGAGAUGCAAUAAUGUUGUAGACUGUCCAAACCACAAAGACGAACUGGAAUGCAACAUGUUAGCUCCGAGUCUACUUAAAAAACCAUUGUUUGCUAUUUCAAAUACGGAAGGAUUUCUGCAUAGAAAUUUCAAAGGUGACUGGUAUGCUGUAUGUAAGAACCCGUAUAUGUGGGCUCAUGAUGCAUGUCGUCGGGAGACUGGAGUCAUAAUUAGGCCUCCUUUCAUCAGCACCGUUCCAAUUGACCCUAUGGUGAAGAUCGACUAUCUGAAUACUGGUCCUGGAGGUCUAAUACAAACAAGUGACACAUGCAUGAACUCGUCAGCUGUUUACGUCACAUGUCCUGACUUAAUAUGUGGAACGCGAGUGCAGUCUACGUCACAACUGCUUAAACAGAGCAACAUUAUGGAAAAUCGUUUGUUUGGAAGAAACAAAAGAUAUUUCCCAAGUCAUGCCUAUCCACCAAUGUUUUACGGUAACCGUUUUAAAAGAGAUGUGGACCAAGAUAGUACUAAGACAAAUUACGGAAUGGAAAUCAAUAGAUUGUCGGCCUUUGAUACAAUGAGGAACAAAAGAACAGAGAGCAGGGUAGUGGGGGGAAGACCUAGCCAGCCGGCAGCCUGGCCUUGGAUGGUGGCUGUAUACAGAAACGGCAUGUUCCAUUGCGGUGGAGUCGUCAUUAACCAUAGCUGGGUGAUAUCUGCUGCUCAUUGUGUUAGCAAAUUUUGGAAACAUUAUUACGAAGUACAAGUUGGAAUGCUGCGUCGGUUUUCAUUCUCACCACAAGAACAAAGCCACAGAGUGACUCAUGUCAUUGUCAAUCAAUUUUAUAGCCAAACUGACAUGAAAAACGAUAUGUCUCUAUUGAGAGUCGAGCCCGCCAUUCAGUUUAGCCGAUGGGUGCGACCGAUUUGUUUACCAAGUCCCGAUACAGCCGGUCCUGAUUGGCUUUGGGGACCUGCUCCUGGCACAAUCUGUACUGCUGUUGGUUGGGGAGCUACUACGGAAAAGGGACCCGAUCCCGAUCACAUGCGUGAGGUAGAGGUGCCUAUUUGGGAAAACUGUAAACACCGGGAAGAUCAAACUGGAAAAGAAAUAUGUGCUGGAUUCGUUGAAGGAGGAAAAGAUGCAUGCCAGGGUGAUAGUGGCGGCCCGCUUUUAUGCAGAAAUCCUUUGAAUUCACAACAAUGGUACAUGGCAGGCAUCGUGAGUCACGGAGACGGUUGCGGUCGUAAAGAUGAGCCGGGUGUUUAUACUCGAGUCAGCCUCUUCGUAAAAUGGAUUAAAUAUUAUAUAUCAUCCAAUACGUUACCUACUAUUCAACCAAUACAAGAAUGUCCAGGAUUCAAAUGUGAUACUGGAAUUUCAAAAUGUCUUCCAAAUAAAAGACGAUGUGACAAAAUAGUUGAUUGCCUAAAUGGAGAAGAUGAAACAAGAUGUGAUUACACAAAAGUUUCAUUUACUGAUGAUAGCUUACUCAUGGAAACAAAAAAUUCACUGGAAGAUCUCCCAGAAAGAAAAGAAGCUGAAACAGAAGCCCCUUUGAUGUCUACCAGCUCUAAUCAAGAAAAUAUAAUGUCAACUAGGAUGCCAAUGGUCAAAGAAACUACACAACCUCAAAUUGAUAAUGAACAACCCCCAUCUUCAAUAGAAAAUAAUCUAGCAAUGUCUACUACUUGGAAUCAAGAAAAUGUUAUCUCAACUAAGAUGCCAUUCGAUAAUGAAACUCCAAAACCUCAACGUGAUAACGAACAGAUCCUCUCUUCAACAGAAAAUUCUUACUUAAAUAAUCAAGAAUGGGAAAGCAAAAAACUUAUAAAGGAUGAAGACAUUGUCAGCGAAGAAAACUCAAAUGAUCAACCGAAAACAGUUGAAGAAACACCAGAUUUUUCACAGACUAUGAUUGGAAACAAUGAUAGAAGCUCAGAGGGUGUUAACGAUAACGUAGUAACUGGGUCAUCAGUAGAAAUGACCACUAUCAGUCGUGGGGAUACAGAAUUUGUAACCAUGGGUUUCGAUCCAGCAUCCCUCGAAUCAGGAUCAUCAAUCAAACACAUGACAACUGAUGAUUAUUUGAAUGUUGAAGAUAAUGUAACAAACAACGUUUUUGCACAAAACACCGCUAGUGAGACAGAAACAUCUACUUCUGGUUUAACAGUGAAAGAUGCUAUGGAUCAAGAAGAAGAAGCGACGUCGUUAUUGAGCAACGAAAAUGUGAAAGAAAGCGUAAAUAGCCACAGUGAUAACGAUACAGGUUUAAUUGUAAAACUUUUGCCAGAAUCGCAAACAUUAUCACCUGACCAAGAAGCAGAAUCAAAACUAAUUCACAAAGAACUCCAACAAAUCACUGCAAAUAUUAAUCAAGAAAAGAAAGGUUCCAAAUCACUCCCAGUUACAGAUAAUUUAGAUAACUUACAAGAUAUAGUGACAUCUGAACUGGAACCACCCAAAUCAAGGAGAAAACACCGUAACCCCCCUACAUUUGAAUGCAGACGAAUUGAGCAAACAAUACCUUAUCAGCAUCGAUGUGACAGAAAAGCGGAUUGUGAGGAUGGCACUGAUGAACUAGACUGCACAUGUACCGACUAUUUGAUAACCUUCGACGACAAGCUUAUAUGUGAUGGAAUAUCUGAUUGUGCUGAUGGACAAGAUGAACAGGACUGUUGUGAGAAUAAUGUUGUGUUACCUAUUUUAGAUAGUAAAUUCAAAUUCGUCAGCUGCCCAGAAGACCAUUUCUUAUGCAAGAAAAGCCAGGUUUGCCUACCAGAAAUACAUGUCUGUGACGGAAAACGAGAAUGUCCUCUAGGCGAAGAUGAAAUGAAUUGCUACGCAUUAUCCAACGGUCAAGAAAUGGAAUUCGACUUAGAUGAAAGACCACUAGUAAACCUAGAGGGCUACCUAACAAAGAAACACUUCAACAAUGAGUGGCAUGUACUCUGUUAUGAUCAACUAUCUAAUGAGGAGCAAGAACAAGCAGCUACGCACAUAUGUCGCUACUUAGGAUUUAGCGGUGCAAAUAGAUAUCCUGUGAAAUACAUAAAUAUCAACGAGAAUGAUGUAAUGGGAAUUGAAACACACAACAACAGGCAUCGAAGAGAUACGAAGGAGCGUGUUCCUGUCCAAUUCGCCUAUCGAAUGGAAGGUUCUGAGAAUGAUACAAGCCGACAUACCAUCAUAAAAGGUCCCCAAGUCCUUAAGGAAGAGUGUGUACCAAACGUAACAAAAACUUGCAAAGCUUUGUACGUAGCUUGUGAUAAUACUCUGUUCACCAACUUUGAUGAUGAAGAUGAUUCAGAAAACAGUGUGUUCAAACGAGAUUCAUCAGUCAGUAACCGUGAAUGGCCUUGGAUUGCGAAAGUCUUUGUUGAGGGAGACUACAGAUGUACUGGAGUUUUAGUAAAUCUGUCUUGGGUUUUAGUGAGUGAUUCUUGCCUUUGGGAUUCCACACUAACUCAUCACUUCGUAACAGUUGUACUAGGAUCGCAUAGAACUUUAGAAGGUUUGAACAGCAUGCACGAACAAGUUUAUCAAGUGGAUUACAAAAAGGAUAUUUAUCGCAAUAAAGCAAUGUUGUUGCACCUGAAAGAACCAGCUCAUUAUUCAAAUGUCGUAAAGCCUAUGAUUGUUACUUCUCCGUACACUCCAGAAGAGAAAUCAACUUGCGUAGCCGUUGGUCAAGACUACAAAAACAAUACAAUCAGCGUAUUUUUGGAAGAAACUAAUGAAAACUGUCACCCCAGUAAUCGUUGUUUCAAAAGAAAAUCCACAGAAAAUAUUUGCCCAGUUGAGGUGAAAUCGACCCAACAUUGGGCUGGUAUCAUAAGUUGUCAUACUGACCAGGGAUGGUACCCAGCUGCUACAUUCGUUGAUGGCCGAGGAGAAUGUGGAUUACAAGACCAUAUUAAUGCUACAGAUAUAGACCAUCUUAAACACGAAAUACACAGACAUUAUGGUAAGAAGACAUUACCGUCUUUAAUCGAGAAGGAAUUUGGUGACGAUUGCGAAGGAAUGCGAUGUGGACGAGGUCGGUGUGUGGGAUUACUUGAAGUUUGCAACGGUGUCAGAGAUUGUGAAGAUGGUAAUGAUGAAUCUGAACAAGCCUGCGAGAAAAAACAUACAAUGUGUGAUAACGAUCCAUACCAUCGAGGAUGCGAAUGUUCAGUCGGCCAAAUGAAAUGCCACAAUGGCAAAUGUAUAUCGAAGGAACUGUUCCAAGAUGGAAACGAUGAUUGUGGAGACGGUACUGAUGAGCCUGGACGCUCAGUAUGUUCAGUCUACUUGGCUAGAGUAAUGCCAUCUAAACUGUGUGAUGGAAUCCUCAACUGUCAUGAUAGAAGCGAUGAAGAUCCUAUGUUCUGUAAAUGUUUCGCGAAGAAGAGUUAUAAGUGCGGUUCAAAGUUAGGCGUUGAUCACUGCGUGGCUCCUGACAUGGUGUGUGAUGGUGUUCGGGAUUGCCCUAAUGGGGAAGAUGAGCAAGUCUGCAUGGGUCUCAACGCUCCACAUGGAACACCAUACGGAACCGGUCAAGUGACAGUUCGGCGUCAUGGGGUCUGGCACUCCAAGUGCUACUCCUCACCGAACCACACAAAGAACGAGUUAGAAGCAAUCUGCUCCGAAUUAGGUUUCAAGAGCGGACAUGCGAAACAAAUCAAAGAAAUCGAAAAUUUCGUAGUUCAUCCGUAUAAUAACUUAGUGGUCGACCCUUUCAAUGAAAUUACGCUCAAUAAUAACACAGUGAUAAAAAUGAGAAAUUCACACGAACCAAUAGCUAAGGCCGUGUUCGAUGAGAAUCUGAAGGAAUGUUACCCAGUUUUUAUAGAAUGUCGUUAGGAUAUCCUAUAGUUAUUUAUUUUAUUUAUUGAUGUUUAGACAUAAAGUUCGAUUUCAGUUUUUUUCUUAAUGUUUUAUAUGGAAUAAAUGUAUUUUUUUAUGUUCUUUAAACUGAGUUUCCUU